GGAUGGCGCAGGUUCCAAGGAUGCUGCUGCGGGCCGCGGUGCUGGCGGUGCACGCCGGGCUCCUGGCUGCCCUCCAGCCCGGAGACCCCAACGUCUGCAGCUACUGGGAGAGCUUCACGGCGCUAGCGAAGGAGUCCUACACCAAACCCCACGUCGUGCCCUCCAGCGAGCCCUGCCCCGGGGGCCUGGGCCUCCCCCUGCCCUGCCCAAAGCAGAGGGUGGUGUACCGCACUGAGUACCGCCAGGCCGUCCGCACCAGCUACCGGCGGCGCUACCAGUGCUGCCAGGGCUACUACGAGAGCCGGGACUCCUGCGUCCCUCACUGCAGCCAGGAGUGCGUCCACGGCCGCUGCGUGGCUCCCGAGCUGUGCCAGUGCGAGCCGGGCUGGCGCGGCCCCAGCUGCUCCAGCGUGGGGCGGUACGGGCAGGACUGCCAGGAGAGCUGCGACUGUGCCAACGGAGGCCAGUGCUUCCACGUGCACGGGGGCUGCCUGUGCGAGGCCGGCUUCCAGGGCAGCCGCUGCGAGGAGCGGCACUGCCUGCCCGGCCUCUACGGGCUGCGCUGCGAGAGCCGCUGCCUCUGCCACCCGCAGCACAGCCAGAGCUGCCACCCGAUGCUCGGGGAGUGCCUUUGCCUCCCGGGCUGGGCCGGGCUCUACUGCAACGAGAGCUGCCCCCCCGGCUCCUUCGGGCCCGGCUGCCUGCAGAGCUGCCUCUGCCUCCACGGGGGGGUCUGUGAUGGCAGCACGGGGCACUGCCGCUGCCCCCCCGGCUACACGGACGAGCACUGCUCCUCCCUGUGUCCCCCCAACACCUUCGGGGUGAACUGCUCGGGGCGCUGCUCCUGCCAGCACGCCCUGGCCUGCUCCCCACUCGACGGCUCCUGCUUCUGCAAGGAAGGCUGGCACGGACCUGAGUGCUCAACGCCGUGUCCUGCUGGUUCUUGGGGUCUCAGCUGCAACCGGAGCUGCGACUGUGCCCACGGGGCGCCCUGCGACCCCCAGAGCGGGACCUGCCGCUGCCCCCCGGGCUGGCAGGGCCCUGGCUGCCUGCAGCCCUGCCCGAACGGGACGUUCGGGGCAGGCUGCGGGCAGCGCUGCGUGUGUGCCCACGCUGAUGGCUGUGACCCCGCGACGGGAGAGUGCCGCUGCCUGCCUGGCUGGACAGGGCGGCAGUGCAAGCAGGGCUGUCCCCAGGGCUCCUGGGGCCGCGGCUGCCACAUGUCCUGCUCCUGCCGCAACGGAGCCUCCUGCUCCCCCCGGGACGGGUCCUGCACCUGCACCCCGGGCUACCGCGGCCCCAGCUGCCAGCGCCCCUGUCCCCCCGGCCGCUACGGCAAACGCUGCUCCCUGAGCUGCUCCUGUGCCAACGGCUCCUCCUGCCACCCCACCAACGGCUCCUGCCUCUGCAGCCCGGGCUGGAGGGGUCCCCGCUGCUCCCAGCCCUGUGCCCCUGGGACCUUUGGGCUCCAGUGUGACCAGCUCUGCCACUGUCCCCACAAUGCCACCUGUGACCCCACCAACGGGACGUGUCCCUGCGCCCCAGGCACGGCUGGGCCCCGCUGUGAGGCUGGGCAUCCUGACCUGCCCUACACCAUCGAGCCAGCCCCUCCUGCAGCCUACAGCCCCCUGGGCAUGCUGCUGAGCCUGGUGGCCCUGGUGGCCUUGCUGGUGGCUGUGGUGGCCGCCAGCCUGUGCUACCACCGCUGGCAGAAGGGCAAGGAGCGGCGGCACCUGGCCGUGGCCUACAGGGCAGGACAGACGGACACCUCGGACUACAUGGUGCCAGAUGUGCCCCUGAGCCACCACGCCCACUACUACUCCAACCCCAGCUACCACACGCUGUCGCAGUGCCCGCUGCCAGCCCCCGGCCCCCAGGACAGAGGCAGCUCCCUCAAGGUGCCUGGCACCCAGCUCUUCCCCAGCGUGGAGAGGCCCUACAGCCCCGAAGGCAAUGCCACACUGCCUCCUGACUGGAAACACCUCGGGCCCAGGGGGAGGCAGCUGGACAGGAGCUACACCUACAGCCACGGCCUGAGGAAGGGCGACAGCAAAGAGCACCCCUGGGAGGGGCUGAGGGCCAGCGCCAGCUCCCUGGCCAGCGAGAACCCCUACGCCACCAUCAAGGAGCUGCCCCCUGCCGCUGCCAAGGCCCACGAGGGCAGCUACAUGGAGAUGAAAUCCCCUGUGCAGAGGGAGAUGUCCUACACCGAGAUCGGGCUCCUCGAGGAGCCACCACAGGAGGAGAGUUGUCCCGAAGGUCCCCCCACCAGAGACCCCCCCAGCCACUACGACUCCCCCAAGAACAGCCACAUCCCCAGCCACUACGACGUGCCACCUGCCCGCCACUACCCCCCGUCCCCACCGCUGCGCAGGAAGGACCGCUGAGGGAGCCGGGAGGAGCACGGAGGGACCCGCCACGAGGGGACAGAGGGUCCCUGCGGGGACCCGAGCACCCUGGGACUGCUGCUGUCCCUCAGCACGGGUGGUGAAUAAAGGGUGCUUGGUGUGGA